GCCGCAACUUCAUCUUCGACAGCAAUCUGGGGAAAGGACGAACGGUAUGGCGGACCGCGCUGAGCUUAUACGAAACGCUGUCACAUUCCUUGCGGAUCCAAAGACACAAGUGUCACCCCUUGCGCAGAGAAUACAGUUCCUCGAGGCAAAGGGCCUCACCAGUGCGGAGAUAGAGGAGGCCCUGCGACAAGCAUCUGUGAACGCGACUGCAGUACCGCCGAGGUAUACUGUUUAUGGUCCAGCAUAUGGACCGUCCCCAUAUCCAUUAGUACCUCCGGCAGCGCAACCUUGGGAUUGGCGAGAUUACUUCAUAGGAGCAGUGGUAUCUGGCUCUCUGGUAUAUGGCGCUGUUGCUCUCGCUCGGAAAUACCUCGUCCCCCACCUUCGGCCACCGACUCAGACGGCGUAUGAGGAGGACAGGGAUGCCCUGACGGCGCAAUUUGAUGCCGCGGAAGCGCUGUUACGCGAAAUCCAGGCUGAAACGUCCGCUGUGAAGACAGCGGUGGAGACCCAGAAGGAACGUGUGGACAAAGCGACGCAAGAAGUGGAGGAGGCUGUGAAGGAGAUGCACGACAAUCAGGCAAGGGCUCGCGAUGAACUGCACGAGAUACGGGAAGAAAUCAACAACAUAAGGGAUAUGUUACCCAAGAUGAUCGACAAAAAUAAGGAAAGCCAGACGCAAUCGCUCGCGGAGCUUCAGCAAGAGCUCAAGUCUCUAAAAGCUCUACUCUUGAGCAGGGGACCAAGUCUACCGUCGACACCCUCGGCCUUACCUCCUUUGUCUGGCAGGCCGUCCAUACCUGCAUGGCAGCUUGCGGGCGCAAGCGAUUCUGUACCGAAUGUCCAAAGUCCGUCAUCGAGUCUACCGCCGGCUGUGGCAGACAUGAAGGGAAAAGGCGUUGAACGUCUUUCAGCUGCUGUCGAUGAUGCUGUCUCUCCUUGAGCAUGCGGCAGGCCAUCCGAUAUUUCUGUUUGGACGUGUACUCUAUCUAGUGUCUUGAC